AUGUUUGGAUAUCGACCAAAUCGAUUUGCGGGUAUUGUCUCGAGAUACGAUCCUCGAGAGCCUCUUCCAGCAGAAUUGGAAGGUGCGUUUCACGAGUCACAUGCCCUGCAGACCAAUUUGCACCUGCCAUAUCCAACAACCACACAGGCUUUUCACACACACCCCGCCUGUGCGCCACCAUUGCUACAUUCAAAUAUCCCAACCUACACAAUUCAAGAACCAUCUCUUGGUCGGAAUGUGCUCCCGCCAGUCUCCAUCUCGAUUGAAGCCUCCGUCAUUCAAGACACGGCCAGCAUCACAGUUACGCAGCUCUUCUGGAACGACUCGUACAACAUCAUCAAAGAGGCCGCCUACACGUUUCCUCUUUCAUCUGGCUGCACCGUGACAGGCUUCCAUUGUCGCAUCGGUCAUGGCAAAGUCUUGGCUGGCAAUGUCAAGCCAAAGGAAGAAGCCCGCGAGGAAUUCCAGCAGCAUGUCCGCAACCGUACCACUGGAGCGGCGUUGCUCGAGCAAGAUACCGAGGAGAUAUUCACCACCAGCCUUGGAAAUCUCCCAGCAAGAACCAAGAUCAGGGUCACUGUCACCUACAUCACCCUUCUCAAACAUCACUUUGCCGAUCGUAAGGGGAUCACGACACUGACGAUUCCAACUUGCAUCGCAAGCCGCUACGGUGACAAACCCCAAGAUUAUAACAAUGCUGCCUCCACCUCCAUUCCAGAAGGCCUCACGAUACAGAUUGAAGUAGUUGAAGCCGGCAAGAUUGCCUCAAUCGUCAGCCCAACACACAAGGUCACUGUCGAAAACUGGUUGGGAACACGUGCGGCCAGUUCCUUUGCCGACCUGGUUGGUGAAGACACCCGAAGUAGUGUCGAAACAGCCCUGGUGAAACUAGAAACAGGCUCUGCUUUUCUCGAUCGCGACUUUGUCCUUGAUAUCGCAACAGGAGGCCCGAAUGAUGAGGCCGAAUCACCACAAGCAUGGAUCGAAAAGCAUCCCACCCUACCCAAUCAACAGGCACUCAUGGUGACAAUUCCGCCUGGCUUUACCACGCGCACAUCCAAUCCUACCGAUCAGACUGAGAUACUUCUCUUGGCGGAUCUGUCAGGGUCCAUGGACGACAAGUUAACCUCGCUCAGAGCUGCCAUGCAAUUCUUCCUGAAGGGUAUUCCCAAUGGCCGCAAGUUCAAUGUGUGGUGUUUUGGCUCAAGUUACAAGUCGUGGCAGCCUCAUUCGGUGGAUUAUGGCGAAGCAUCGUAUCAGUCCGCUUCUUCAUGGGUUGACACCAACUUCCAUGCCAACAUGGGGGGUACUGAACUGCUUCCCGCGGUCCAGGCCAUCGUGACUGCGCGUGACAAAAGACUGCCUACAGACAUCAUCAUUUUGACUGACGGAGAGACAUGGCGCCUGGACGAAACCCUCGAGUACAUUCGGAAACAGAGGGACUUGACUGAAGGGGGUAUACGGUUCUUUGCUUUAGGUAUUGGUCCGGCAGUCUCCCAUGCCUUGGUUGAGGGCAUCGCCAAGGUUGGUGGAGGAUAUGCCGAAGUGGUUCGAGAGGCGAGCGAAGGGGAUUGGGAGGAUAGGAUUGUCAGCAUGGCAGAGGCAGCACUGAUGACCGAUCACUUGGGGCCUAUGCAUUUGGAGGUCAAUAUCAUGAGGGGUGAUGGCAGCAAGCAAGGUAUUUACACAACAGCUCGUCUCUCAGAUACUUCGCACCAUUUUACUGACCGUCCGACAGCUUCCAGUAUUCACAACGCCGAACAAUCUCCAGCAGACAUAUCCACGCUCAGCCCGUUCAACAGAAGCCGGAUCUUUUUCCUCUUUGAUUCCUUCAAAUCAUCCGAGAGCAUCACCGACGUUACACUCAAAGCCGAUACUGCCCACAGGACCAAGACCUUCCAUGUUCCUGUGACGCUUCUCGAGAAGCCAAGCAUAACAAUUCAUCGGCUUGCCGCCCGCUCACUGCUCAAUGAUCUGGAGCGAGGUCAGAGCCAGAUUCACCUGGGCUCUACUCGCCCCUAUCCUGGCUCUUGGGACGAGAGAAAUAGAGUACGAAAGGAGGCGGAGAAGAUUGGCUGCAAAUGGUCACUUGUUUCCAAAUGGACGAGCUUCUUUCUGAAAGAGGAGCUCUGUCCUGCUGAGCCGGAUGAUAUUUGGUGCGCAGAAGGCGGUGCUGAGGCUAUUGAUGAGCCUGGAGAUGACUUGUUGCAAUCACACGGGCCGAUUGCUGGCGUUACUAUGGUCGAUAGUGGUAAAACAUCGGUGCCUGCCUCUGGCUUGCUUCUAGUUGGGGAGCUUGUCUCUACACCCAGGAACUCAGACGACUUGUUCGGACUUCCAGCCGGGCGACACUUGCAAAGGCCUGUGCCUCCUAGCUUUUCUGUACUGAGCAACCCUAUGAGACCUCCAGAGCUGCAACUUUCAAGACGUCCUUCCUCGAACGGGAGAAAAUUACGACUGGUUGAAUACCCACAGUCUGUCGUUGCACCUGACCACCUAAUCUCCCUCAGGAUGCGGAAGUCCACUGGCGCUGCAGACCCUGAAGGUAAUACUCUCAAGAAACAGAGCGAUAUUGCGCCAGGGGCGGGCGCUUCAAAUGAGAGCCCCAUCCUGGGAUCUCUUUCUGGAGAUCCUCCGAGGGAUCCUGGCCCUAUUUUCGAGUUCGACGACACCGAUGCAGAUGAUUCAGAGACGAACAAUACCAGUGUUCCUGACAACGGAUUAGAAGGUAUAUUUAAACCGAGAAUGCGUCGCCUCUCAGGUGGAAUACUGCAGCACAGAACGGCCAUACCCAGUGAAGACGAAUGGGGGUUCGUCCAAGUACUUAAUCUGAAAAGUGAAGAGCACAAAAGUAUACAAGCUCAACCACAAUGCUGCCGGUAUGCCUUUAAUGCCUCCUCGCUUCCACAACAACGCGACCAGACAUAUAGCUGGGAGUCGGAAGAGGAUGACGCGAUUGAAGUCUCGGCGUAUCUUCCUCCGUGGGCACCUUCUUCUGAUUUACCUCCGAUGGACGCCAUGCUCAAGAAGUUGAGAUGUGGGCUGACAUUACCCCAGACAAGCAGUCCAACUUACGCACUUGAUGUGAAUAUUGAAGAGAUCCCAAAUAUACUAGCUAAACCGGCGUCCGGUCCGGAUUAUAAUUUGGAGUCCGAAGACGAUCAGGCGAUCGAUUUGUAUACCGAUGUCCAUUGGGGCAAACCUUCUCCCGAUUCACUUCCAACGGACCCAAUGUACGCGCGUGGGGCGUACGAGGAGGCUAAAGCGAAGAUCGAGGAGAGCCCAGAGGAGACGGAGAGGCGGCGGAGGCGUCGCAGGGUGAGAGACGAGCACGAAAGAGUUACACAACCCAAGAGUGGCGACAAUAAGCCAUGGACAGACAACCGCAUCAUUUCUGAACUUCUCAGGUUCCAAUCCGCCGAGGGGUAUUUUGCCAGAGGGUACUCAGUCCAAACCGGCCAGAUCAAUGAUCUUCACCCUUCUAUUAUCACCGUUCCAGAGGAAGAAGAGGGCCGACACGGUGAACAGGUCAUUCUUCUGCGGGAUUUCCUCGAGGAAGAAACCACCAAGGACCCAGGCAAUCUCUUGUCUAAACACAACAAAGGCCAACACAACGAAGAUGUCGUCCUCCUCCGUGAUAUACUGGGGAAAGAAAUUACCAAGAGGCUACGUACUCUCCGGGAUAAACACGACAAAGACCACAUGUUUGGUAAAGACAUGGCCUUGAAAGAAAGGAUCCUCUUCACUAUUGCCGUUUGGGUGCUCCUCGAGCGGGACUUUGCCUCCAAGCGGCGUCUGUGGGUUUUGAUGAUUAGGAAGGCAAAGUCGUAUCUAGGGGGGCGUAUCGACCGGCGGUAUGACGCGUUUGACGAGAUGAAGGCUGCUCUGGAGGGGGCCAAGAUUCAUGGGUAUAAAUCACGGCAGGAUAGUCUGGCAGCUCCUCUCUAUGUGCAUGCGCGCAGUUUUGAGGUUCAAUUUGCGGUUUCGAAGACCGUAGACACUGCGGCUAGGAUGACUGCGGAGUCUGAAGUUCUUGAGGGAGAGCAAGAUCGGGAUGAGGUGGGUGUGGAGCUCGAGGUUGGCACAGGCGAGGCUCAAGGCAACAGUCAAAUGGCAGGAAAGGGCUCGGUCGUGUAA